GGAAAGUACAUUUAUUACGCCGAGGGGGCGGGGGGGGGAUGAAGAUGUCUUGAAAAACACACAUUUUUUUUCAAGGCCCUUGUUGAGGUCAUUGGAAAAUUUUCGAAGCCCCCCCCUUCAAGUUUUUAAAAUUUUCAAUGCCCCCCCCCCCAGAAUUCGGAAUUGAAUGAACCUGGCAUCUGUUGCAAAAUCACCAGUGCUUCAAUUUCUUUACUUUUUAUCUCGUUUGUACUAACAUAUCAUUCUUAGAUAUAAUUAGAAUGCGUUUAUAAUAACAACACAAAAAUUUUAAAAUUCCAGAUCAAGAAUCAAGAUUUCCUUCGGGGCAUACAAAGGUUUGAAAGACUUAAAAUGCAAUCUGUAAAACGAUACACCAGAAAUAUAUUGCAUAUAUUUCUCGAUGAAGAGAUUUGUUUUGAGUGCGAACAAUGCUGAGUGAUGAUCAUUGCAUGCCGGCAAGUCCGGUGUAGAAGCUCAGUUCUUGGCGUCUAUAUAUAUAUAUAUAUAUAUAUUUAUAUAUAUAUAUGUAUAUAUAUAUAUAUAUAUAUAUAUAUAUAUAUAUAUAUAUAUAUAUAUAUAUAUAUAUAUAUAUAUAUAUAUAUAUAUAUAUAUAUAUAUAUAUAUAUAUAUAUAUAAAGACACAAAAACUUAGCAAGCUUUGUUUGGCAUAUUUAUUACUAUACAGUUUCGUACCACGUAAAUAACGUGGCACUCUUCAGAUAAAAUAGCCUAUGUUUGAACUAUAGCUUCUUAACGAACUUUUUAAAUAUGUACAGAUGGUAUAAAGGACGCUUAUCUAAUUACAAAUCAAUUAACACCUCAAGUAGUGUCACGAAAAUAUUAGUAUCAAGUUAUAAAGUUUUUAAGUAGAAAUUUAUUAGCGUGUUUACACGUGGAGACAAGUUCGUUGCGACGAUUAAAUGUUGCAAUGUCCGGUUUACAAAUAAUGAAAUACUUCUCCCAGAUACACAAGUUAUUAAGUAAAUACAUCUGGAAUCUUAAGAACAAUAAUAUUAGUUACUCUAUCAGAUGGAAAAUUUUAAAACGCGCUAAAUCUUACAGUAAUGCAUCCAAGAGAUGUAACUUGUGUAUCUGGGAGAAGUAUUUCAUUAUUUGUAAACCGGACAUUGCAACACUUAAUCGUCGCAACGAACUUGUCUCCACGUGUAGACACGCUAAUAAAUUUCUACUUAAAAACUUUAUAACUUGAUACUAAUAUUUUCGUGACACUACUUGUGGUGUUAAUUGAUUUGUAAUUAGAUAAGCGUCCUUUAUACCAUCUGUACACAUUUAAAAAGUUUGUUAAGAAGCUAUAGGUCAAACAUAGGCUAUUUUAUCUGAAGAGUGCCACGUUAUUUACGUGGUACGAAACUGUAUAGUAAUAAAUAUGCCAAACAAAGCUUGCUAAGUUUUUGUGUCUUUCUAUUAUGCUCUGGUUAUCCAUUGAGCACUCUAUCAUUGGUUUUUAUAACCUUACACAAACUAUUUUAUAUUUAUAUAUAUAUAUAUAUAUAUAUAUAUAUAUAUAUAUAUAUAUAUAUAUAUAUAUAUAUAUAUAUAUAUAUAUAUAUAUAUAUAUAUAUAUAUAUAUAUACACAGGAAUAUAGCGACAUAGUAUAUUCAGAAAUGUGGUAGCGGUUUGUCAGUUUAAUCACAGUUAAUAGAAUGAAUCACAGUUAAUAGAAUCACAAUUAAAUGAAUGACUGAUAGUGCAUCAAAUUACAAAUCCUUAAUAGCGUAAAACAAAAAUCUCAUCGAGAAACAUCGUUUUCCAAGGCUGUCUUUAAUUUUUGUGCUGUUUUUAUAAUUCGAGAUGUAAGUUUUCACUAUGCCUGGUAGAAAUUGUGCAUUUUUUGCCGUCCGACUAGCCAAAAGGACAAAUUUUCGUUAUUUCAAAUUCCCGUUGUGAACGCCAAACAAAGCGAACACGCUGCGUCGUUAAAGAAAAAAAAGCCGAGAAGAAUGGCUCAAUAUUAUUCUCAGGAGAAGAGAGAUGACUUCAGAACUGAAGGAACGGAUAAGCAAGAAUAAUAUAUAUGUUUGCGAACUCCAUUUUAAAGCCGAUUGCAUUUUAAAAGGUAUGUUUGUUGCAUAAUUGUUAUGAUAAUUAAUAUGUAAAUUUUGCUUGGUAUGACCAGGGACACCAUGGAUGCAAAUGUUGUCUUGUUGACACUACACGACAGCCUGAAAGAUAAAAAUAUGGCUUAUCGAAUCUCUCUGUUUCAGGAAAACUUUCGUCCUUUGCUCGAAUCGUCGAGAAGCGGCUAUAUUUUUAUCUUUUAGGCUGUUGAGAUUCAUACAACCUUUGCCGCUUUUUUAAUAUGGAGCCGAAGCCAUCUAAAACCAUCAAGUUGUUAUAUAUGUUAUAUAUGUUUUAAUGUUUAUAAUAGCUUACUGCAUUUUUUUUCCCACUGUAUGCAUAUUUUUAUACGUGAAAACAACCACGGUUUUAGACUAUAAACGUACCCACAAAAUAUAAUCUCAACUGAGUUUUAUAAGGAUUGUUAGUGAUAUACUGAUAUUUGUGUGUUUGACACCCUGCCAGGUUUCAUGCUGUAAUUCCAACCAAUAUUUACUGUCCAGUUGGAUAUCCAAUAUUUUAUCUGCACCAUUUUUGAAGUAUAUAAAGUUCGGGUGUUUUUUACUAUAUAUGAAGUGGCAAGUACAUGCAGCUGUUUUAUAUGUGUUGUAGUCAUGUAUGACUGUUAACACUUUAUAUUUUAAUACCGUAUAGUGAAAGCGACUUGGAUUAAGAUUCUUUUGAUUCACUAGCUUGACACUAGCAGCUUUGAUUGCUAUUUUGAAAUACGACUCUAUCAGUUUUGAAGUUCUAUUAUGCAUUACAAUGUAUGGAAUUUAUGCACUUAUAUUUAAUAAGUGUAGUCAUUUCUAUAGAGAACACAACUACUUGUGUACUAAUUAUAACCAUUUGCAGAUCCUGAUAAGCCAAACUUAAGAAAAAUCCUUCAAACUGGCUGUAUCCUCACGGAAAACCUGCCCUUAAGAUCCCAUGAGACCAAGAUGACACCACGUCGAGUUAUUGAGAAGCAGGCACCAAGACAAGAGCUACAAGAGGAUAUACCAUCUUCCACCCAUUCGUAUUUAGAGCCAGGAUUGUGUUCAGUUGAUUUAAUUAAUCAACUUGACCAUGAUACUUUAUUGGAAUGGAAAAGUGAAGUGUGUGACGAUGGCAAUGUCAAUUUUUUUCUGACUGACAAUGUCCAUGGAGUUGCCAAAUAUACAGUUGUUGUGGAUUCUUAUUCAAUAGAGUUUACGGCAUAUGCUUUUAAUUGGCCAAUACCUGAUGAUCACAAUAUCUACAACGAACAUAAACGAUCUAUCAAAAGUGGUGACAGUUUCGAGAGGUGUUGUCAACAAUAGAGAAAAGCAAGCUAUGUGAAUGUGUGCCUGAAAAUCAUCAAACAAGAAAUGCUGCUAUUGAUCCGAACACUGACAUAACCAUUGCUAUUCCUCGAACAGUUAUUCGCCACUCUGUUCCAAAAAAACAUCACAAAAGUAGUUUGAAGCAACUGUUUUCUUUCGUUCACCUAACUGUGAGGUCAUCAUAGAACGUUCUGAACUCUGUGAUCCAUGCUCAACUAUCACCUAACAACUAAAGAAGACAAACAAGAAGAGAGCUAAAACAUCCCGCAGCAAAGUGUAAGGCUCCUCUUUCAGCAUGUGGACCUGACAAGUUACGAGCAACUGUGGUCACUGCAAGGUCGAAGUGCAAAUUGCUUGAAGGGGAACUGCAAGAACUCCAAAAGAACAUUACCAGUCAAGGCGUAUCCAUUGAUAAGACUUUGGAGGAGGAAAUUCUGAAGAUAAUGGAUGGACAAAAUCUAGAUAGUACUCCACACAUGAAAUUCUUCUGGCAAGAACAGAUGAAGCUUUUGCAAUCUUCUAGUUGUGGACGAAUAUAUCACCCACAAAUUAUUCGGUUUGCUUUAUCUGUUCAUGGCAAAUCACCAUCUGCCUAUAGAGAGCUCAGAGAAAGUGGUGCCUUGAUAUUACCCAGCAAAAGAGUUUUGAGAGAUUAUAAAAUUAUUUCUCUCCAAAAGCAGGGGUAAACGCAGAAAGUGCAGAAUCUUUGCGAAAUAAGGUGAAAUCAUUUAGCGGAAUUCAACGAUACGUCGUACUGGUCAUGGAUAAGAUGAAGGUCCAAUCAAAUCUUGAAUAUGACAAGCAUUCUGGUGAUCUGAUCGGGUUUAUUGAUCUUGUUGAUCCUAUGACAAAUUAUGCCUGUCUUGAUAAGGAAGAUAGCGUUGCCACUCAUGCAUUGACAUUUCUUGUUAGAGGUUUAGGCACUGAUAUGAAACAUAUCAUUGCCUAUUACUUUACAGGGAAUGUCACUUCAUACCAUCUAAUGCCCAUUUUCUGGAAAGUUGUGUCAACAUUGGAGUUGUCACUGGAUCUUUGGGUGAUUGGUCUGGUCAAUGAUUGUGCUUCACCAAAUCGCAAGCUAUUUAAUCUCCAUAGCACGUUGGCUGAUGAAGAUGAAUGCGAUGUUGUAUAUAAGACUUUAAAUCUUUUUGCACCAUUACGUUUUGUCUACUUCUUCGCAGAUUCUCCACAUUUACUGAAGACUGCAUCGAAACUGCUUGUAUAAUUCAGGAUCAGGAUCACACGGUCGAUAUAUGUGGAACAAUGGCAAAUAUCUUCUAUAUAGUCACAUAGCAGAUCUUUUUUAUCAGGAUCAAGCAGUUGAGCUCCAUGUGCUUCCAAAAUUGACAUUGGAUCACAUUACGCUAACGAGUUACAGCAAGAUGAAGGUGAGAUUGGGAACUCAGGUUCUCAGUCGAUCGGUUGCAAUAGCACUGGAGGAAAGCGGAAACAGUGAUGUUUUGGGGACUGUACAAUUUCGUCGAAUGAUGAACGAUUUUUUUAUUGCACCAAUGUAAGAUCUUUUACUGAGCGUGUCAAAAAAAGAAAUGAAUUCAUCAAGCCCUAUACUUCUGCUUAUGAUGAUCGGUUUGGAUGGUUGGUUGAUGUUUUUCUUCAGUACCUGGAGAGUUUGAAGGCAUCCACUCAUGAAAGGGAAGGCGACUUCUCUGAUGAUGCAAGAGGAAAGAUGUUCUUAUCCAUGCAAACGUACGAGGGUCUGAAGAUUUAUGCCUUUUCCCAUGUUGAGGCCAUCAAGUUUCUUAUGGAAAUUUGGUUCAAGUAUGUCCUGAGUGAAAUGUUUAUGCAAGAUGUACUGGAGGAUUACUUUGGACACCAGCGUUCCAAAGGACGACGAGCAGAUAAUCCUAGUGCCUAUGAAUUUGGCUACAAUGAUCUCACCAACGCAGCGCAGCGAGACAUUGCUCCAGUUGUACGAGGAGAUGUUGGUGGCAGAUAUGAAAAGAAAAAGUGGUUUACUGUGAGUGAUGAGCCAGCGCAGAAGAGAAAGAAAAAAUAA